AUGCGCGGGGUUGUUUUGAUUAUUUGUUUGUUCCGAAUCGCCUCGAUUGCACACGGGAGAAGUUCUAAUGGUUAUUUAUUAAGGGGAUCUAGAUCACUUACCCCUAAAGACAUAAACCAAUGGAACAUUGUUCAAGGUGCCCAACAAUGUACAGAUCAACCGGCAUCUCCAGGAUUUGUAUGGAUUCAGGUACCGGUGGGUAACGUGGCUGUUUUAGGUGGUUCCCAGCAGUCACAAAAACAAACAGAGUCACAAACGACUGCAUCUGGACCAUCGACUCCCAUAGCUCCUUCGAGUAACCCGAGUCAGCAAUCUACAGCAACAGCGGCCUCUUCUACAACUGGCGCUCAGUCAAAUGGAAAUUCUGAUUUGAAGAAUCUAUGCUUGAAACCGAGGGGUCAGUUUCCCGGUACAACCUGUAAAACGUACGUAAAUUGUUGGGAUGGAGCUGCAGUAGAACAGGAAUGUCCAGAAGGGUUGUUGUUUUCUAGUAAAGGAUAUUGUGAUUUUUCACAGAAUGUCGUCUGCAAAACAGAAAAAAUUAGUAAAAUUUCUCCUCAAGAAUUGAAGGAAUGCCCAUUCGAGUCUGGAACAUUUAGAGAUAAAAACGAUUGUUCAGUGUAUCACAAAUGCAUUGCUUACAAAAUUACUGCUACAUAUAUUUGCCCAGUUGGAUUUAAAUAUAAUGAGGAAAAAGGAAUAUGCGAUUAUGAAGAAAAAGUCAAUUGCAAUAAGACUCAAACUAUAAAUGGAAAUGUUGAAGGAGAUGCGAUUGCAGCUCAAUUUGCUCAAUGCCCAGUUAAAUAUGGAACUUACAGAGAUCCUAACAAUUGCAGCAAAUAUUACGUAUGCGCUUUAUUUAAAAUAAUAGCUCAACGUGAAUGUCCUUCUGGUCUUAGUUUCAACGAUAACACCGGUGCUUGCGAUUAUUCUUACAAUGUCAACUGCAAUGAAAAGCCUAAGAUGUAUGAAAUUACUGCCGAUUCAAUUCAUAAUCUUCCUUCAGAUUAUCAAAAGCAAGUAAACAACUGUAAACCAGGCUUAGUAUUUCGACUGAAUCCUCAAUGUUCGAUCGCCUGUUUGUGCAGAGAAGAACUAGCGGAGAUUGUACGGUGUCCCAAUGGUUUUGCAUAUGAUUCCAAAACAGAUAAAUGCGUUCUGGCGCAUUUGGCUAACUGUUAAAAUGCAAGAGCACUUUUCAUUUAGAAGACUGAUUUAAUUGAUAAGCUGCAUAGGAGUACCGGCAGUAAUGCAACAAUAUGUUGCAGGGUUUGGUGAUGGGUAAAACAAAUCAAUAAUUUGUCUAAAUCGUAACAUUUCAUGCAAUAAAUUCAUUUGACUGAUUCAUACGAGCUUCUAUUCUAGAAGUAAAACACUAUGCUUUAAUUUUUUAUGGAUACGUUAAGUGCGGUCGUAAAUCCGCUAAACCUUUGCGCUGUGUUGUAAAAUUUUACGAGUCGCUAAAUAAAAUGGGUCAAUGACUGGGCAGAUACCUGGUUAACACCUACGGGCUAUCUUUAGAUAGGAACGUGAAUAGUUAUGCUAAAAUAAAAGACCAUUUAUUUCACAGCGCAUAUUUACAUGAGGAGAACAUUCGGAAUAUUUUAGAAAGAUAUCUGUUUAUUAUUGAAAUUUCGCCGCAAUGGCUCUAGUGUAGUGGUAUACAGGGUGUAGUAUACAGUGCUUUUGGGGAUGAUCAUCAAAUGGUUUUAGACAGUUCUGAAUGAUUCUGGAGCGAUCUAAAUGAGUCUGGGGAGUUCUAAAUUGUUAUAGGCAGUUUUAGAUGUCUCUGGAGUAGUCUGGAGUGUUCCAAAUGGCAGAAGAAUGACAUAUUGGGGUUGCUAUUCCAUUAAUAUAGAUAGUUUAAUUGAAACACACUGUAUAUUUUUACGUUUUCAGAUUCUACAAACAAUUGUAGGUUUUUAACGCAUUGU